CGCGGCCGCUCCCAGCUGGCGGCCUCCGCGGCCUCCGCAGCCUCUUGGCGGCGGCGGGCCCGGCCCUGGCCCUACCCCGCCCUGCCUGAUGGGCAGCCUGCUAAGCGGGGUCAGCUUCAAGGAGCCCACCACGGUGGAGGACUGCGACUCCACCUGGGAGACCGACUCGGAGCCCGAGGCGGCGGCGGAGCCCAGUGGGGAACCGCGGCGGCCGGAGGGGGUGUGCACCGCCGCGGGAGGCGGGGAAGAGCCGGCCCAGCCGCCCGCCACAGACUGCCGGCCCCAGGAGCCCCCGCCGCCCCCGUCCCCGCCGCCGCUGGAGAAAGGAGAGCGGGCAGAGGCGGACGCCAGCAUCGUCGAGCAGAGUGGUGAUGGAACUGAGCUGACAGCCAAGCCAAAGAGAAGCUUCUACGCAGCAAGAGAUUUAUACAAGUACCGACACCAGUAUCCACAGAACUUUAAAGAUCUUCGAUAUCAAAAUGACUUGUGCAAUCUCCGCUUUUACAAAAAUAAAAUCCCUUUUAAACCUGAUGGAGUUUAUAUUGAAGAAGUCCUAAAUAAAUGGAAAGGAGACUAUGAAAAACUGGAACAUAACCACACUUAUAUACAGUGGCUUUUCCCACUGAGGGAACAAGGUCUGAACUUCUAUGCUAAGGAAUUAACUACAUAUGAAAUUGAGGAAUUCAAGAAAACAAAAGAGGCAAUCAGAAGGUUCCUUUUGGCAUACAAAAUGAUGUUGGAGUUUUUUGGAAUAAAACUAAUUGAUAAAACUGGAAAUGUAGCACGAGCUGCUAACUGGCAAGAAAGAUUUCAACAUUUGAAUGAGUCUCAACACAACUACUUGAGAAUCACUCGAAUUCUGAAAAGUCUUGGUGAGCUUGGAUAUGAGAGUUUCAAAUCUCCCCUAGUAAAAUUUAUUCUCCAUGAAGCUCUUGUGGAAGAUACCAUUCCCAACAUUAAGCAAAGUGCUCUAGAAUAUUUUGUGUAUACUAUUAGAGACCGAAGAGAAAGGAGGAAACUCCUGAGAUUUGCCCAGCAACAUUAUAUGCCCUCAGAGCAUUUCAUCUGGGGACCUCCACGAAAACAGAAGUCAGAGGGAAGCAAAACAAAUAAAAAGCCAGCAUCUCCAAUUUCUUUUCACAAUAGUUAUAUUUCUAAGCAUAAGAAACCAAAAGAGCCUAAGAAUACAGUGGCAAGCGGAAGCUCAGCUGGUAAAACAACUGAAGAAAGAAAGGUAGAACUCACAAAAAAUGGGGAAGAAAAUGACCAGGAUGAACAAGAAAUGAACUGUGAUGCUGUUAGGCAGAACAGUGAAAAGAAUGGUGAUACUGAUACCAGUCAACUUUCAAAAUCAGAACAACUUUACAAUACUUCAGACAGAAAGGACGCUUCUCAUUCCAAAAAGGAUGAGGAAAAUCUGAACACUGACUGUGGAAAUCACUCAGGCACUAUAGAGAAGGAUUUAUGUGACACUGAGAAUUCUUCAAAUAACACGUCAGCGGAUCUACAAGAUAACCUCGAGAAGGAUACGCUUCCAGGGGGGACCACCACAAAAAACCAGGAUGAGCUCAAAUCAUGAGUCUGACGUUAAUAAUCAUUAAGUUUCAUAUUGAUGAAGCAAAUUAUUCAUUGCUCCUUCAUUUUGGGUGAAGUUUCCAUCUACUGUUCAUGAGGCUGUGCUUGUUGUGAAUGCAUCAGAUUAGGCUUCUGUUAGGUUAAUUAAUUUUAUUUUUCUCAACCUCAGUUUAUCAGCAGUCAACCAGGUGUGGCUUUUUAAAAGAAUCAUGUAUAUUCAAAUUAAAGAAAUUAAUUAUCUUUUCCAGAUUGCAUAAAAAGCUUAUCUAUUUUUUUGCCAUUAAAUUAAUCCAGUAUUUUUUUCUUUAAAAAAAAAAAAAAGUGUAACUUACUAAAUGCCUUGGAACAUCAGAAUUCUUAGGUUUCUUUUAAUAUGCUUUGAGUAUUGAUUUGCUUUUAUGAAAUGACUAGAAAUUGUUUUCAAGAGCACAGGUUUUUUCCCUAGUGGAUAUUUAUUUUUAGAAACCAUGUUCAUAUUUAAUGGCAGUAUUUGCACAGCUUCUUUUACCUUUUGGGUACAAGGGAAGUUGCACUUUAGACUUUUAGUCCCUGUAAAGUUCUCUCUUCUCUUGACUUAGUUGUUACUACUGAAAAUUUGCAGGGAGGGAUCUCUGAUCACUCGGAUUUGGUCUCAGUGUGAAAGCUUUCUGUUUAUCAGCUGUACUACAACAAUUUCCCCAGCUGGGUUCAGCACCCAGAAAGCCUCUGGAUGGCUGAAAAGCAGUGUCUUUACCACAAAGCACUGCUUAAUCAUCAAAGCCAUCAGAGGAAAUGUCACAAGGCAUGUCCAGAUGGAUCUUACCUGAACUUGAGUGUUUUGUGGCCUGUUAUGGGUAAGGUCUGCGCAAUGCUGAAUACCCUGUUGCUGGUCUGGAAGAGGAAGGCAGUCCUGAUGCUUCCUUCCAUCUGUCUGUUUCCUUUCUUUGCUGUCUUUCACAGCUUAAUGUUAUUUUGAUAAUUGGCUGAAACCUGAGCAGGCCUGGCUGGAGCCCAGCAGGUAGAAAUUUCCCAAAUAAGAUCUUUCCCAACUUUCUUCACUGAAGGACUGUCUGCUUUCCCAGAGUAGCCUCUUCUGCCUUCAUGCCAUUCAGUCAAACAAGAUUGUACCCAGCAAGUUAAUUGUGUAGAAUACGAAUUAAAAAAUAAUGCAGGUAGAACUCACACUUUCUACAGUCCUAAAACAAUCUAAAAUUCCUGUAUGUAUUUUCUAUUUUAAAGUGUAUAUAUUAUCCAUCGCCUUUAACAUAUUUUCUAUGAAACAUGAGGCAAGUGGCUGACUACAGUUUGAGUGUCAGAGUGCUUCAGGAGUUCGUUCAAGUCUUAUAACUCAAAAUGAGAAAGUCUUCAGGGGUUGCAGAGCAUAGACAAAAUGUCUUGUAUUUUUCUGUUUCACUAAUUCCCAUUCUGGCAGCGCAUCAUCCAUUGCUUUCCCCAGUAGCUCUGUUUCUUGGGAUCAAAUAGAGUGACAGUUAGAGCUUGGUACUCAUGGAAAAAGAUUAGGCUCUUUCCAUCCUAAAGAUGCAGGGGAAAAAGGAAGAUGUAUCCUUCCUUCUGUGUUGACUUCAAAGGAAAGGAAAGUAUAUAUGUGUGAGUUUUUUUAAGGCUAACCCAGAUUGUUCAAGCAGGCAUUGAGUCUGUCUGAGCAGAAAUGCCCUAGAGAAUUCCUCCUGCAGCCACCACUUCUUUAACACUGGAAAGAUGCUAAGAAGCCUUUCACAAUGCCCUGGACUUCAACUAGGAUCCGCUUGUCCUUGUUUGCCUCUGACCUUCAGAGCAGAAGGGGACAGGAAAUGCUAAGAUGAAGUUGGUCCAUGUAGGCAAGGACUCUGACCCUACGUGAAUGCACAGGGAGGACAACUUUAUGUGCUGCCUAUGACUUUUGAAAUCUUGAGUGCCUAACUGUGCCAACUUAAUAGUGCUGUUUUUACGUAGUUAUUUCUUGAAUGACAUAGGGAAGAUUUAUACCCUGUGUAUGAGGAACAUAUAUUUCCUAUAAGGAAUAUAUAAAAAACAUAUAUAUUUCCUGUAAGGUAGGAAAUUAUACAGAGCCUUCAAUUUAUGGACUUUAGUAUUAAGGCUAAACACUUAAAAAAAAAAAAAAAAAAAAAAAAAAAAAAAA